AUUUGAAAAAUGACACAAAUCUCAAACAAAAAUAUACGCAGUUCAAAUGAAAAUUAAAAAAUUAUUCUUAAAACUCUACAAUUUAAUAAAUAAAAAAGUGCUUAAUUUAUAUCCUUGAUCCAUAUUAACUUAAUAUAUUUUCAAUAAAUGUUUACAAUACGAAUAAGUUCUCCUUAGCCCAACAAAAUAUUUUUACGCGGCAAAAAAACUUUCACAAAAAAACAAACCUUAAAAAAGUACAAAAAUGAAAUCAAAAAAAGAACCACCCGCAUCUGCAUUACAAAAAGAUAAAUUCAAUAUGAUAACUGGUAGAGUAACAAAAUUAAAGAAAACUGAACAAAUGAAAAACGUUCAAAUUAAACUCAAUUCACCACCAAAAAGACAAGAAAAUAAUAAAUUCCAAAGUCAACAAUUUGUUACGCCAUUCUCAAAAAAAUCCAUGAUCACAUCCACUCCAUUCAAUGGUGAAAUUAAUAAGCCAACAAAUAAUGGUAAGCAAUUACUACAAUCACGUUUACCUUUAAGUCCAAUUUUAAGUAAUACCAACAACAACAAGAAUCGGCAAAAUGCAAAAGAUGAAAGAGAAAAGAAUAAAAAAGAUAAACCAGAGGAAGUUAAUGUUGCUAAAGAAAAUCUUCCAAAAAGCGGCUUAAGGUCCCCAAGUGGUCAAAAUCUUGAUCCAACAACUCGAAUUGGGAAACGAGUAAAACCCGCCCAAAUUCUGUCUCCUGAAAAUCAGGAAAGACUUUUAACCAAUCAAAACAAAGACACUCUAAGCCGCCGAGUAAGGGUUAAGAUUCCAAAACUUGGUUCCUCAAUUGAGUCACUAAAUUCAACCUCGAAGUCUUCUUUACAAAGUAGUCUCGAGGUUUCAAAGGAAAAACUUCCUAAAAGGGUCUUUCAAGUUCCUCAAACUUCAGAAAGUCUGUCAACCAAUCAAAAAAAAGAAUUCCGAACAAGUCGUGUUCGUGUUCGAUUGCCUAAACUUAGUGGCUCUUUUGAACUAAGUUCUGAUUCGGAUUCUUCCAAAAAGACCACCACAAUCAAUCAAAAUGACCAAUCAAUUAGGUCCUGUGUCUUUACGGACUCUUCUUGCAGUCCUGAGAGAAGAAUUCGCAUUCGACAUGUUACAGAGAAGCAAACGCCUGCAACAAGUUUGCCAAACAAAGAGAAUAAAGAAUCUCGAAGUAGUCGGCAGCGUGUUCGAACUCCAAAAGUCGCUUCUCCAAUUAAAAAUUCUACCUCAGACCAAGGAAUCUCUAAAAAGAGUAAUGCAAUCAAUCAGAAUGAUGAAUCAAUUAGGUCUUGCGUCUUUAGUGAUUCGUCUUGUAGUCCUGAUAGAAGAACUGACCUUCCCACAAAAAGAAUACCUCCAACUUCUGGAUCAAAUAAUACUUUGGUCAAGAACUUGCAAUGUGAUUGGUCAAGUUCAACAAUUGGAGAGAAAACUUCAAAUUCAGGGGUCCUUGGAAAAUUAGCUAAAACUCCUAAAUGCCAGAAAAACCAAGACCCUAACCUCCAAGUUAAACAAAACAAAUGUAGUAAACUUCGUGUCCGUUUAAAGGACACUAGUCUUGACCCGAAAACCCCAUCUUCCGAAGUCAAUCGGAAAUCACAAAAAUCCAGCCAUGACAAUACUUUGGUUAAAAAUCUGAAAUCUGAUUGGUCAAGUACUUCGAUUGAAGAAAUACCAGGACAGAAACAAGCUCCAAAUCAGAAGAAACAAAUUGGUAAAAGACGUCUUACACCUCUUGUUGAAAUGAGUUUAGAGGAUAGAAGUAUUUUAAGUGAUAAAGUAACAGAGACGUCUAAAGAAGCUUCUGUAACAAGGAAACACAAUGAUAAUGAAGAUGAAUAUUCAAGUUCGGCUGAAUUUCAAAGUGAUGAUGAGAUGAGUAAUUUGAGUCGAUCGAAGAGAGCUCCAACUUGGAAGGAAUUGUUGAAUAAAACUAAUGAAUCGGGGGAGGUAAAGAAACCUGAAGUAAGGUUGAAGAGGGUUAGAACAAUUAGUUCUGAGAAGGACAGUCCUGAGAAACAGAAGAAGAAGUCAGAAAUAGAGAAAGAGAAACAUGAUAAAAGUGAUGUGAUUGAUAAAGAGAAUAGACCGACGGUUAAGAAGAUGAAAAGUAAUUCUGUGGGUGAAACUACAAAUGAUGUUCCUUUGAAAGAAAUUCCAUUAAAAAGGUCAACAAGAUCCAAUAGUCUUGUUCAAGACAAACUGGAAGAAAAGUCACCAACAGAAAAGAAAGAUGAUGAUGAAAUGGUUUCUGUUGAUAAAGAAAAUAAAGCAAAAGGUCAGAGCAAUGAGGAAAAGGAAACUGAUCGAGUGGUUGAUGCUCCUUUAGAAGAAAUAACAGCAAGGAGAUCAAGAAGAAUUAGUUCUAAAAGACCAAGUCCAGAAAAAGUUGAAAAGCCGAAACAAAAAGAGAAAAAGAAGAAAGUUGUUAGUAAUAAUGAUCAAGUUAAGGAUUCUAAGGCAGAGAAGGCACCUAACAACAAAAAAGAAGAAACAAAAGAGAAAGAAAAGCAGACAGUGAAAGAAGUUGAAAAUGUUGCUAAUAAGAAAGCAGCCUUUACAAAAAUCAAAGAUAACAAACAAAAUUCUACUGAAGAUAACAAUGUUUGCAAAGAAACAACUGUGCCAUCAUCCCCUCAACAAAAUCAUAUGGACAACCACAAUUCUCCUCCUCACCAUAAUGAAACUGAAAUAAACGCCAUCGAUUUUACAUGUCCAGUAAAAUUCUUUCAUUCCCGAUCUCGUUUAGAAAACACAGUUUCUAUGCCUAAAUCUACUGAAAGUCUCAAAAAACGAAGAUCGAGUAAAAGAAAAAAACAAGACAGCAUUUAUGAGUUCCUUUCACAAUCAUCAUCAGAUUCAAAAGAUCCAGUUGAUGAUGUAAUUCAGAAAAUGAUACAAAAUGGAAAGGUAGUUGUAGCUAAGCAUAAAAAAGGAACCGGUAAAAUGACUAUGCCAAGAAAUAGAGUUCAAAAGAAAAAGCCAACAAAAGCAGCUGACAAAAAAGCAGCUGCCAAAACAACAAAACCUUUAACUGAGAAACAACCUUUGCAGGAAAAAAUACAAGAUGACUUUGAUGAUGAUGGUUUUCAUUUUGAUGAUGGUAUGCAUUUUGAUAAUGAUGAUAAUGAGAUUCCAGAUGAAGAUCAUGUACGUGAUCAACGUGGUUUCAGUAACUUGGCAAGAUCUGCCAUGAUCAAGCAAGCAGGUAGAAUUCAGAAACCUUUAAAACGAAAACCAAUAACCGAUAAGAAAAAGCUUCUCCAAAUGGCAGUGCAAUUUGUCAAUCAAUCGACACCCGUUCGAAUGACACCUCCACAUAUACCGGCUAAUAUAAGUCGACCACAAUUUUCGCCAAUGUCUGGCAACAAAUCACCUUGGCGAGUUGAUGAUGAUAAAUUGCCAAACACUUUUUACCUUGGUCGCAAUUCCGAUAACUUACCAUCUUUUUCAUCAGAUUACAUUCCAAUGACACCAAGUAAAAAUAAAUCCAAAUCAUUGUCGUCAUUCUCUUCGAACGAUUCCAAUGGUGAGAAUACAGCUCCACCUGGUGCUAAAACUAUUACAAAUGAGGCCAGCCUACAAGCUUUAUCAAAUACUCGAAAAGCCUUGAACUAUCGUAGUCCACUGAAAGCAAUUAACAUAUUAGAAGUAGUUAAUUUGCCUCCGUUGGCAUUACAUUCGUAUGGAAAGUUUCCCAGUCCAAAAAAUACAUCGAAAAAUAAUUCAAAAGAAAAUGCAGCAGAAAAUAUUUCAAAUCAUUCCUCAAAUCAUUCUAACUUGCAUGUUUCCAAUGAAAAUAUCGGAAAUCAGCUUGAAAAUAAUCAAACAACAAACUCAAGAAAAUCUGGAAGUGAUGCUUCAAAUGAUAAUUUAACAAAUUUGUUUGGUUUUGAAGAACUUAUUGAUGAUGAUAAUUCCCCCUCGAGCAGCAAUAUUGACAAAACAAUUUUACCGAAUAAAGAAAAUCUUAAAGAGAGAUUGGAACGUCUCAAACAGUUACGUCCCAAACAACCAGUGAUAAAUUCAAAUCCAGCGAAUCGUAUUAAACCAGUAUUUGAUAAUGUUAAACCAAUGCAAAAAACUAUCAAACAAAUGUUAUGCUCAACUAUGAUUGAUACUAAUCAACAAAAUCAUAAAGUGGGAAAUCAUGGUUUAAAUGAAAGUGAAGAUCUAUCGAAUUUGUUUAAAGAUCUUGAACCAGAGACAACUUUUGAUGAUUCGAAUCCCAGGCGUACCUACAACAGGCAAUUUAAAAGAAAGCGUAAAGUGUGUUCCAACUAUGCAAUGUUUAUAGAUAGUGACGUAUCGGAUGAUGAAGAAGAAGCAGAUGCCAUUAAAAAACCCGUAAAAAACUACAAACCUAAACCGAAGAAACGUCAAAAGGAAAAUCCCGAUUUAAAUAAAUUUGUAAAUGAAUUCAAUGAAAUGUGCAAGGAAGUCAGCCAAUAUGAACUUGUAGUUGAAUGAAUUAAUAAAUCCUGUCGUCUACUGAAUUUUACACAACAGUUUCUUAGUUUUACACAAAGUGUUUAUUUUUUUCUCAUAAUUAAAUUUAUAAUUUGUUAUUUUUUGUUUAUUUUUAUAUCAUUUUGCAUCAAAUAUAUUUGUGUGUAUUGAUUGA